CAAUAACGGAACUUUCUACAGCAUCGGCUGCUUCGUAUCUCGGUCACUACAGGUGCCUGCGUUUGCAUUGCUGUCGAAAUUAUGUCCAGUUGCACGCUUGACCAGCCUCCACUUUGCUCGAACCAAGGGCAUGCAUGGCAACUAAGGCAUGUUCUAGUACCACCGACAGACCAUCCCUGAUCCCUGUCCAAGGCACCUUCUCCGCUGAUGCCAGCAAUCUCAACCUUUUUAAUAUAGCCGUCGCUCAGAUCUUGCCAUCCAUGGGUCCGAAAGCAGCACAUGAAGGCAUCAAGAAAUUGGAACAGGUCGCAAAAUGUGCCUCACAUCAAGGCCCCGAUGUCGUCGUUGUUCCAGAAUAUUUCUCUCUGGCGCCACAUAUGAAGCUUAGAACGCUGUGAUAUCGCUAGGAAAACUGCUACCGGCGCCAGUCAAGGAGGUGCGUCCUUUGGCAUUCGUUG